UCUCAUUGGUGCACGCGUUGCGCGUUUACCAAUCACAACGCUCCAAAUUGCAGCAUCUGCCAUGUUGAUGGUGGCUGUUUCAUCACUUGCUCGCGCUUAAACUACUGUACCUAUCCGGUCCCUGUUUAGAUCAGCUGGUGGACUACUACUUCUGACACUGUGGGACCUUUGGAACUGAAAUGCAGCUGUAGGUAAAGACUGGUGUGCCGUAUAUCUCCCUCAUGUUAUUGGAGGACGGAGCUGCUACGGGUGAAGUUGUAGCUUGAAACUGGGGCGACGUGACAAGAAUCAAGAUACAGGGAGCAAGCAACCUACAAACGGUUAAGGAAGAAUGGAUGUGUUAACGUUGCUGAAUUUGGAGGAACUCUCGAUUGGGCUGUCCAAUCUCCAGAUGUUCCCCCUGUUCGAGACGGCUCAUUAUAUCGUAUCAGUGAUGGCACUUCGCGAACAGCCAGGUGUGAUGGAGGUGGCGCACCGUAGUCCGUUAGCCUGCUGGUUCAGCUCCAUGCUGUUCUGCUUCGGAGGAGCCAUCUUGGCGGGCCUCAUGCUGGCCGAGCCCCCCGUCGCCCCCUUCUCCAACACCGUCAGCGUAAUGCUCGCCUCAGUGAUCUGGUACCUGGUGGUGUACAGCCCUCAGGACCUAUUCUACUCGGUCACCUCGGUGGCGCCGGUGAGGCUGGUCCUCACGGGUAUGAAAGAGGUGACGCGGACCUGGAAGGUGCUGGGGGGCGUCGUCCAGGCCCAGAAGAAGUAUGACGGGCUGCUGGUGAUGAUCGCCGUGGGCUGGGCCAAAGGUGCUGGUGGGGGUCUGAUGAGCAACUUUGAGCAGCUCGUGAGAGGCAUCUGGAAGCCGGAGACCAAUGAGCUGCUGAAAAUGACCUACCCAACCAAGAUCACUUUGAUCGGAGCAGUUCUGUUUGCCCUACAACAAAACCAAUACUUACCUCUGAAGAAGCAUCAUCUGAUGUUAAUCUACACAAUCUUCAUCGUCUCCAACAAGAUAAGGAUGAUGUUGACCGGAUCCUCUACCAGUCCGUUCGCCCACAUGGAGUCGGCUGUCUACCACACGCUCUUUGCCCGUCCCGCGGCCUACACUCCCCUGGCCGAGGAGCAGCCAGAGAGCUCCCCCCCAGCCAAGCCCCAGUCAGCCAGCAGCAGCUCCAAGGGCGCCACGUCAGCGGACACCGGCAGCAGCCUUACCAACAGGUCCAAGAGCAGCUCGGCCAAGGACAAGGCCGAGGAGAAGAAGGAAGAAACGAAAGAUGUAGCCAACAAGAAGGCAGACUAAUGUCUGAAUGCACAUUUCCACCUUUUAAUAGCUUUUGACCAUUAAUCCUGUUGUUUUUUAGUGAUUUGUUUGUUUAAAUGUGACAAAUCAAUGACGAUAUAUAUAUUUAAAAAAGCUAUAUUUUAUAUUGCAAUGAAAUUAAUUAAGCAUGUUUUUACCACUGCUUGAAUGCACAAAUGCAAGAACUUUUGAUGACAAACACUGUUUUCCUGAUUGUGUGAAAUCUUUACUAUGUAUAUUUUUUGGUGCACUCAAGAGAAAAUUUUAUGAAUUUUAUAAGAGAUGUCUUCUACUUCUAUACUGUAUAUUUUAUAUUAUUUAUAUACAACACAAAAUGUCUGUGCAUGGCAUGAUAUUUGCUGUCAUGAAUGUAGCACUCAAACAAUGUAUUCAUAAUUGAAUGAAAUGCCAUCAAACAAAGUAUAAAAAUCCCCUUGCACUUUACAUAGGUACUAAUAUGUACUUGCAUAUCCGUCUCUACAUGUGUCAUACUGUUAAAUUAUUAUUUAUGCAAAUGACAACAAAUCAGCAGUUUGUCUGUUUGUCUAAAUGGCCUUUCUUGCCGUGGGAGCAAAAUGUGACGGGGAAAAACUAACAAAAAAGGAUUCUGAUUCCCUUAAGUAGCUGUAAUUAACUGUGAUUAUUGUAUGUGGUAAAUGGCAAAAACUGUAUGACCUAAGUGUGCCCGAAAGGUAGAACAUUUUAGGGGAAUAAACACUGUUAAAAUAUUUCGGUGCUGCAAUUGGAAAGCAAAAUAUAUAUUUAUGAUUAUAUCUAAUAUAUAUAUAUUAUUAUAUAUAUUGUAUUAUAUACAUUCCAGUGCUGUUGUGAAGUUGAACGACACGGGCAGUCCACUGGGGGGAGUUAGGAGCUAUCUGUGUGAAUGGGACGUCUGGGUGCCUCUGCAUCCAUGCAUGCUUUUUAUUCUUUCUUUCUCUUUUUUUCUUUUUCUUUAUUGGUCAGGUCUUCCUUUUUGUUUCCUGUUCUUUUUGGAAAUCGUUGAUGCUGACCAUACCGUACGGUACAUGCAUGUGAUGGCAAGGAGUGAGCAUGGAUAAUAUUGAAUGAUAUUCCAAUAAAGCA